UGAGAGACUGCCUCCAAUUUUCACUUUUGCUCCACUCUGUGAUUGAAUCUGUUUGUUUCUGUGCAGCACCGCAACACAAACAGCAGCAGCCAUGAAGUUCCAAGCUCUUUUCUUUCUCCUGUUCCUCACCUGCAUGUAUGUGAGUCUGGCACAAGGCUCAUACGGCAACUGCUGCCUUGGCUAUGUCACCACUUUGGGGGCUAGAGCAAAAAGGAACAUUAUUAGGUACAGGAUGCAGGAAACAGACGGGGACUGCAACCUCAGAGCUGUUGUGUUUCAGUUGAAGAAGAGGGCAAAACAGCCCAAACCGUUGACUGUUUGUGCCAAUCCAAACAAAGAAUGGGUCCAGGAGCUGAUGAGGACUGUGGAGAACAGAAUGCGAGCAAACAAUUAGACCACUAAAAGAAGAGAACACAAGAAAAGUGUGAGAGAGAUCAACUUUCACCGGAUAGAUUAUGUUUCAGCACAUCUGCUCUUUCCUGAAGCAGACGGAGAAUGUAAAUGUACACGACUCACUGUUGGACAAACAUAGUAUACACACAAUGUUAUAGCCAGUAUAGUAAAUGUUUCACUUAUAUGAGCCAUAACUAUUUUACUGUUCACUGCUCAUGGAUGUUUUUUCAGUAGAGCCUGCUAGGAUUGAGCCACUGCUUAGCAGCUCUGUUUUGUAUUUUCACUCUGUGUGUUUGUGUUUAAGUAUAAGAUGAGACUCUUUUUUAUAUUACAGAUUUCCAUAUUUUUAUAUCAGCAUUUUAACUGUUCUUCGUCUCUUUCUGUUUCAAAUAAAGAAGAAAAAACAAUCGUA